UCUGUUGUAAGAACAUACAUUUUGGAAAUAACAUUUGUGCUUAUAGAAAUAUUGUUCAAAAUGUUACUUUUCAACAGGGGUGUACUCAUUAUUGCAGAGCACUGUAAAUGCUAGUCUGUCCAAUUCCUUUUGAUCCCUCAAAAUUAUACAAUUGUUGUAAUUCAUACACAGUUCACCUGAUAAUAUUGAUGUAAAUACAACUUGUUUGUUUAAUUUAAAAUCCAUGGCGAUGGUGUAUAGAACCAAAAGUUGAAAAUUGUGCCUAUAUCCAAAUAAUUGUAGGUCUAACAGUAAUUCCAAAAGGUAUGUUUAGUGCAUCACCCAAAUAUCGCCAUACCCAGAGUGAGGUAUGGUGGUGGCGCCAUCAUGCAUUGAUUCGGGCCUCAGUCAGGGAGGAGGCAUUUUAUAAGAAGAACUUAAUCUUUCACAAUGACAAUUACCCAAUGCACAUGCCUAAAUCAACAAAAAACAUGGGCCUCACCAGAAUAAAAUUGAGGUUUUGAUGUUAACUUUAACCUGUACAAUGCUAUCGAAAAACAAACUCAAAGUUUUAAACAGAAAAAAUUAAAUAUUCAAAAAACUUGAAUGAACAUGGCUGCAAAAACAAGCAAAUAUGCACAAAUGCGAUAGACGGUUCAGGUUGGCGUGUUAUCUUACUUACGUUCAUGAUGCUAUGUUGGUUUUCCAAUGGAUUUUCAGUGAUUGCAUCCUGGUCGUAAAAAUAUACGAUAACUCAUAGGUAGCGGCAGAGGCUAAGGUCAUGGUAGGGCCCGCACCAACAAGCAAUUUGGUUUUCAUUGAUUUGGGAUUAUUUAGCCUUCAACAUCUUAUUAUCUACAACACUUGAGGAGAGAUGAAGCCCAUCAAGGUCAUGGACUGACGGGAGGGCCCAGGUGUGGCAUCCCGCCUACACCUGUGGCCCCACUGCCGCCCAUACUUCCUGGCACGCCACAAAACAAUUAUCAGUCGGGACCAUAAUCUAGAACAUUUUAAGAUUUGGAGUCCAAUUACUUUUGAGCAGGCAGUGAUGCAGUAGUUCCAUUGGCAGGUGAGUGGCAAGAGUGAUCUGAUUGAUUGAUUGGUCAUACUAGCUUCGACCAGUCACAUACAGAGGCAUUUCAUGAUUAUGAUUUAGACCCGCCCUCUGCACAUCCCUCGAAGUGGGUAUACAAGGUGAUUUGGCCAGACUUAACACUCACAGAGAGUUGGAAGUCACGAUACCCAGGCUACUGUGAAAUACAUUUUGUAUCUAAUAUGUUGAUUAUUGUCAUUAUUUUAGAAGGAAAUGCCCUUGUGGGAUGGCAUGCAUCACAUUUAACACAUGUACAGUGCACUUCCAUAAAGAGUAGGCCUACGCCCCUUUUGAAAAGUAACACUUUAAACAAUAUUUCAAGAAACUCUGAAGUUAUUUUCAAAAUGAGACAUGGAGAUAGUUACAUACAACAUCCGUGAAGCUUACCAAAAAUAAUAACUUAAUUGACAUUACAUUUUUCCAUUUUUUUAAUUAAUGUUGGUGCAAAAGUGAAACACCUUCAUUGUGGGUCAUUGUUUUUUUUUCCAACUUGACAAUGACCCUAAGCACACACCUUUGGCCAAUGCUGAUUUUCUGAUUUAUGUGAGAGUAAUUCAGUAACUAAGUAUGUUACCGGAUCUGAACUCCUUCGAACAUAAUGAGAAGUUUGGAAGAGAGAAACUGGGCAUCAGCCGGGAGAAUACUAACUUCACCAACAUAAUUUCACAUAAGGGGAAAUGUGCAAUUUAAGUUAUAUAAUUAAACAUGCUUUUCUGUUGUAAGCUUUACUGCUGCUACACCAAACUUAUUCAAUGCACAUUUUGAAAAUUGAAAAUGUGACUUCAAAAAGGUGGUAGCCUACUCCUUAUUGAUGUGCACUGUAAUUCUCAGUAGCCUACUGCUAAAUGUUUUUCUCCAAUCCUGCAGGUCCACAAAACAAUAAACGGCAGUCUGAAACGGUAUCAAAGAAGGUCUGGAUUAUUGGAGACUGCCCGACGUUGAUGUUCCUCCAAAGUUACAUUGCCAAGGGUGUGAACAAGAUGCUCUACUGUAGGCCAGUGGAACAUUUGACCUUGGCCAAGGUCAUUCAGGAGCUCCUAGAUCUCCAGUUCCCCCCGUUCGGCUGGCCAAUUCCGGACAUGCUGAUCCUCCAUCUUGGAUCAUCCUGUGACAUCCCACAUGGGAACCUGGAGGACACUCUGUUGAAGAUCCAGGAGCACCUGGUCAUAGUCCGACGGAUCUUCCCCCAGUGCGCCCUGGUGUGGUCGGACAUCCUGUCAAGUUCAUACAGGGAAUCAGAAGGCCAUCAGCCUGCCCACAGCGCUGAUCUGGCCAGUUACCGACACGAGGUCAAUCUGAGACUGCGCAAUAUAGUCAAGGAAUUUGGAGGAGCAGCGAUUGCCCAUGGAAACAUUCAGCCAGAGCACUUUGAGUAUGGUGGCAGGAGGUUCUUGCCGAAGGGUCAGCAGUUGUUCCAGCAGAACAUCAUGGAGUUUAUGGAUGAGUGGAGGUGGGAUGAGUUCUCUCUUCCAGGAACUGCAGAACCUACGGGACACACGGAUCAACCACUGGCAUGGCAGACUGGCAGACAGCCCAUGACAGGCUGUGGUAACCAGGGGGCUGCCCAGAAGGUGGUGUGGAUUUGCGGGGAGGCAUUUUGCCAAAAGGCCAGAGAGUUGGCAGAGCAAGAGGGCAUUCGACUGAGCUGCGGCACUGUUGAGGUGAAUGUGGUCUGGAAAAUAGCCUGGAAGAGGUACAUGACCUUGAAAUGCUUCGUGCCCACGCUACUGAGGUCUGAGCCCAGAGUGAUCCGCCAACCGGACAUGGUCAUCUUGUACAUGAGCGAAUCUGAGAUGAGAAAAAACAUGGAACAAGUAGUGAUUCACAUGAAGAGGGAACUGACAUUGCUGAACACCAUCUUUCCGAAGUGCCUAUUGGUGUGGUCUGACAUCUUCCCAGGAUUGGAUUCGACUGGUAGUGGUGUUACAGACUACGUCAACUCCAGAAUGCAUGCUUUUGUGGCUGAACUGGGAGGAGGAGUUGUUGCCCACAAGAACAUUGGGCCAGAACUGUAUCAGUCCAUGUUAAAAAAGAGUGUUGCUACCAACACAGCAAAGCAAAUGGCCAACCACAACAUCCAGGACUUUGUGUGGAGGUGGAAGACAGAGGGCAACGCCUUAUAGCACACAAAGAACAGGCUAUGUAGCCUAGUGAACUAGACCACUGUUUCCCAACCAGGGGUACGUGUACCACUAGGGGUACGCGAGCACACUGCAGGGGGUACUUGGGAAAAGAUAAAUUUUAACAAAUAUAUGGAGCUUAGUUACAUUGGGAUGGAGAGAGCGAUGUAGAACUUGACUUAGGGGGUACUCAUGGCACAACGAAAAGGCUUGGGGGUACACAAAACAAAAAAGGUUGGGAAACACUGAACUAGACCAAACCCUAUCCGCAGAAUGUGUUUUUAGGAGAUAGUUGUAGCUGGGCCAUGAAUCUGACUUUGCUCUUUCAUCUAGUAGAGCUCGCAAGUAGGUGACUUCAAUUUGUACGUGGCGUCUCCACAACCCAAACACUCUCCACUGCAUUCAACCCAAACGUCCUCCUCUCCUCUCAGCCCAAACCGACCCCUCUAUACUUAAGUCAUUCACACGGGACUAAGAACUGAGACAUUCUCCAUUAUUAUUUCAAUUCACCAGAGGUCAAGAGGUAAUACUUAUCCCGCAUGAAUAGGGCUUUAAACUCUGCGACAUGAAUAUGGUGAGCACAAUGAAGAAGGCCUGAAGUUGGUUCUCAUCUUUUUCUUUUUUUCUUUUGAAAGUACCAAUAAGCCUAAACCAUUACAGUAUUACAUUUUUGUUGAACCUUCUGCUAAAAGUAGUGUGCCGUACAUUUACAUUUUUUAUAUCUGUUUGAGUGGAAUUUUGGAGUUGAAUGAGGACGAAGAGGGAGGGAAGAAAGCGCCAGAGGGAGGGAAGAAAGAAACGCCAGGAGCUAAGUUCAAAACCACACUCCACCAUUUCUGGAAAUGUGUUACUUUCCCAUCUUCCCUCAAGUUGUGCCGGGCUUAAGCCAGGCUCAAAUACAGGACUUUAAAAUACUGUAGCGUCCAAUUUUGACGUCUGAUUGUGCCGCACACAUAAAGAGAAUCACAGCUGUCAAUUUUAUCCCUGCUCGUAUACAGAGAGGCAAUGCCUGAUGUUCUAUUUUGAGUCGCAAAUAUCAAUCAGUGUUGGACAUCUACGAUUUGCGAUUGCGAUCUACGAUUCACUCACAAUGAGGAAAUAUUGCCUGACAAUCAGCCAGCGCGAUUCGCUCUUGAGUGCAUCCUCGCCUCCACUUCAGGUGUGCGUUUUCCCUCCUCGUUUUUGUCAUCUGCAUUUCCGGAAGACAAGCCUGUCCUUUCGUACAGUGCGAGCAUUCUGGUCGCACCCGACCUUCAGGUCAUGUAGCGAAAAAUGGGCGUUACUCGUCCUAGCCAGGCUGGGACACUUCGCUUUAAGAAAUACUCAUUGUGAGUGAAUCGUAAUUCCAUUCCAUGCAGGGUAAGUGACCCUGGUGUGUGGGGUCCCAGCAUUGGGAGGAGCAUAGAUGAGGGGGCACACUGAUUGGGAGGGGUGUAAAGGUGUGCUCCUGAAGGGGAAGGCAGUGUGAUGGGAGUGACCAUCACUAGGGUUGUGGGUGUGCACCAUCAUGCCAUUGAGCCUUGCUCUUUGGUGUUGUGGUUAGAGCCUUGAGUUUGGUAACCUGGAAGGUUCAGGGUUGAAACCCAGCAGCGGGGCAACUAUAUAACUUCGUUUUUUCGUUUGUUUAGUUGUUUUUAUGCAGGCUAUGUACAGUAUAUACAGCUUGAAAGUGACGUCAUAUCCUGUUUAUAUUGUUUCUGAUAUUUUUAGAUAAUUUUUCUUACCAAACACUAAAUGAUUUAGCAGGACGUGUUUUUUCACUUUUUUCAUGCAG